AUGCUACGAACCAUUGCCCAAUGUCUGUUGCGCCCCGGCGCGGAGACGCGCAACCCCGUCGUUGCGAUGCUGGCUCAUCGUGUAGCGCGGGCAUCCACCACCACCACCAAACCUCAAAAACCCCAACUCCGGGAUUACCAGCAGGACUGUAUCCGCUCCGUCCUAGACAGUCUUAAAUCCGGGCACAAGCGAGUCGGCAUCUCUCUCGCGACCGGGAGCGGCAAAACCGUACGCACUCUCCUCCAAUCCCAUCCCCUCUUCAACCCCUUCCCUCAUCCAACUAACACGGGGCAUCAGAUCAUCUUCACACAGCUCAUUGACAAGAUUGCUGCGCGCGAGGAUACCGGGGGAGACCGGACGCUCAUCCUCGCGCACCGGCGGGAACUCGUCGAGCAGGCGGCUCACCACUGCCGCCUGGCGUACCCGGACAAGACGCUCGAGAUUGAAAUGGGCGCGCAGCACGCGAGCGGCAACGCCGACAUCACCGUCGCCAGCAUCAUGAGCAUCACGUCGCGGGACCGCCUGGACAAGUUCGACCCGGCGCGGUACAAGCUCGUGCUCGUCGACGAGGCGCACCACAUUGUCGCCGCCGGCUACCUGCGCACGCUGCGCCACUUUGGCCUCGACACCAAGCGCGCGGCCGCGCCCGUCCUCGUCGGCGUGUCGGCAACGUUUGCCCGCUUCGACGGGCUCAAGCUCGGCGCCGCCAUUGACGAGAUUGUCUACCACCGCGACUACGUGCACAUGAUUGCCGACAAGUGGCUCACCGACGUCGUCUUCACCACCGUCGCCUCGUCCGCCGACCUCGGCGCCGUCCGCAGCGGCGCCUUUGGCGACUUCCAGACCGGCGAGCUCUCGCGCGUCGUCAACACGGACCACGUCAACGACGUCACCGUCCGCAGCUGGAUGGCCAAGGCACCCGACCGCAAGUCGACACUCGUCUUUUGCGUCGACCUCGCCCACGUCGCCGGCCUCACCGCCACGUUUCGCCGCCACGGCUUCGACGCCCGCUUCGUCACCAGUGAGACCCCGCGCGCCGCCCGCGCCGACCUCCUCGCCGGCUUCAAACGCGGCGACUUUCCCGUCCUCGUCAACUGCGGCGUCUUCACCGAGGGCACCGAUAUUCCCAACGUCGACUGUGUCCUCCUCGCCCGCCCCACGCGCUCCCGCAACCUGCUCAUUCAGAUGAUUGGCCGCGGUAUGCGCCUGCAUCCAGGCAAGCGCAACUGCCACGUCCUCGACAUGGUCUCGUCCCUCGAGACCGGUAUCGUCACUACCCCGACCCUCUUCGGUCUCGACCCAGAUGAGCUCGUCACCGGCGCCUCUGUCGCUCAGAUGCGCCGCCUUCGCCAGAAGCGAGACACCGAGGAGGCACGCACCGACACCCCCGCCCCCGCCAACCCCGCGACCGCCGUCACCUUUACCGACUACUCGUCCGUGCUGGACCUCAUUGCCGACACCUCGGGCGAGCGCCACAUUCGCGCCGCUAGCACGUACGCAUGGGUGCAGAUCGGUCCGGAGCGGUUCGUGCUCUCCGCGCCGAGCGGCUCCUACAUCCGCCUAGAGCGCAUCUCUGACCCUAGCACACUGCCACCCUCCUCACCUUCCUCUUCCUCCCCGUCCUCGACUUCCUCGGCGGCGGCGCCUCCUACCAAGCCAUCGUACCACGCCGUCGAAAUCCGCGCUCUGCCGCCGGGCAGCUUUCGCCCGUACGCCGCGCCGCGGGAGAUUCUCACCGCGGCCACGUUUGACGACGCCGUGCACGGUGCCGACAGCUACGCGUCGCAGGCUUUUCCGCACAGCUUCAUCCACCGCGACCAGCCGUGGCGCCAGGGAGCGCCGACGCGCGGCCAGCUCGACUACAUCAACAAGCUGCGCGGCCCCAAGCCCGAAGGCGGCCCCCUAGAACGGGCGGACCUGACCAAGGGCAAGGCCGCCGACAUGAUCACCAAGCUCAAGCACGGCGCGCGGGGUCAGUAUGCCAAGAUCGAGCUCGAACAAAGGCGCCGCGACAAGAAGACGUCCGCGUUCAACGAACGGCGACAUCGCGAGCAAGUCCGGGUUGGGCCGGUUGUCAGCUGA